AUGUCUACAAAUGGUGAUGGCAAUAACUGGAAUCCCAAACUAACGCCUGAGCAGUUAUCAAUCUUGAAAUAUAAAAGAACGGAGCCACCUAACACUGGUAAAUACCUGAACAACAAGGAGACAGGCAUUUAUUCAUGUGCAAACUGUGACGCUCCACUAUACAAGAGUGAAACAAAAUUUGAAUCAGGCUGUGGUUGGCCCUCCUUUUAUGAAGAAAUCAACCCUCAAGCUUUAAAAUAUAUCAAAGAUAAUUCAAUGGACAUUCAAAGAACAGAAAUUUGCUGUAACAAUUGCGGCGGUCAUUUAGGUCACGUUUUCGAAAACGAAGGCUGGAGCAAAUCGCUAGGUUUACCUAAAGAUGUUAGACAUUGCGUUAACAGUUUGUCAUUAACAUUUAAAUCAAAGUGA